CCAGACCUCUUGGCUUUGUUGUGCUGCACGUCUGAGCAGGAGGAGGGGGCUUGGCCAAGCGCUUCCCCGCAGCUCGGCCAGCCCGCUCACGCACGCCGGGCGCGGAGGAGCCGAUGGAGGCGGGGAAGCGGGGCUGAAGGCUGGCACCGGGCUGCGGGGACGGAGCUCGCCUGUCUGACCGCAGGGCCGGCACCCACCCGACAAUGGAGUGCUGCCGCUGGACAGCCGCCGGCACCCUGCUUCUAGCUUCCCUCAUCCUGAGCUCCAGAACAGCUCGCUCGGAGGAAGACCGAGACUCCCUGUGGGACGCCUGGGGUUCGUGGAGCGAAUGCUCACGCACCUGUGGAGGAGGGGCUUCAUAUUCCCUGAGACGCUGCCUGAGCAGCAAGACCUGUGAAGGGCGAAACAUCCGGUACAGGACAUGCAGCAAUGUGGACUGCCCGCCAGAAGCAGGUGAUUUUCGUGCCCAGCAGUGCUCUGCUCACAACGAUGUCAAGUACCAGGGGCAGUUGUAUGAGUGGCUUCCUGUGUCUAAUGACCCUGACAACCCAUGCUCACUGAAGUGCCAAGCCAGAGGAACGGCUCUGGUUGUGGAGCUGGCACCAAAAGUUCUGGAUGGGACACGGUGCUACACUGAAUCCCUGGACAUGUGCAUCAGUGGCUUGUGCCAAAUUGUUGGCUGUGACCACCAGCUGGGAAGUGCUGUCAAGGAAGAUAACUGUGGGGUCUGCAAUGGAGAUGGGUCCACCUGCCGGCUGGUUCGAGGCCAGUAUAAGUCCCAGCUCUCCGCAAGUAAACUGGAUGAUACAGUGGUUGCUAUUCCCUAUGGAAGUAGACAAAUUCGCCUCGUGCUGAAAGGACCUGAUCAUUUAUAUUUGGAAACUAAGACUCUCCAAGGUGUGAAGAGUGAAAACAGCCUCAGCACCACUGGCUCCUUCCUUGUAGAAAAUUCUAGCAUUGAUUUCCAGAAGUUUCCUGACAAGGAGAUCUUAAGAAUAUCUGGGCCUCUCUCUGCAGACUUUACUAUCAAGAUCCAUUAUGGUGGUGCUGCUGACAGUUCAGUCCAGUUCAUCUUCUACCAGCCAAUCAUUCACAGAUGGAGGGAAACUGAUUUUUUCCCUUGUUCAGCAUCCUGUGGUGGAGGUUAUCAAUUGACAUCUGCUGAGUGCUUUGAUCUGAGAAGCAAUCGGGUAGUAGCAGAUCAAUACUGUCACUAUUAUCCUGAAAAUAUCAAGCCAAAGCCAAAACUUCAAGAGUGUAAUCUGGAUCCUUGUCCUGCAAGUGAUGGAUACAAGCAGAUCAUGCCCUAUGACCUCUACCAUCCCCUUCCUCGAUGGGAAAGUACACCCUGGACUGCCUGUUCCUCAUCCUGUGGAGGGGGCAUUCAAAGCCGCAGCGUCUCCUGUGUGGAAGAAGACAUUCAGGGGCACAUCAGCCCCGUAGAUGAAUGGAAAUGCAUGUAUACUCCAAAGAUGCCUGUUGUCCAGCCUUGCAAUAUAUUUGACUGUCCAAAGUGGCUUGCUCAAGAAUGGUCUCCGUGCACUGUGACCUGUGGACAAGGACUCAGAUACCGUGUGGUCCUCUGCAUUGACCACAGAGGGAUGCAUACAGGAGGCUGUAGUACUAAAACAAAGCCACACGUAAAAGAAGAAUGUGUUGUACCCACUCCUUGCUACAAGCCCAAAGAGAAACUUCCUGUGGAAGCAAAGUUGCCAUGGUAUAAGCAGGCUCAAGAGCUGGAGGAAGGAACAGCCGUUUCUGAAGAACCCUCGUUUAUUCCUGAGGCUUGGUCCACCUGCAGUGUCACCUGUGGAGUAGGCAGCCAGAUGCGGCUUGUGAAAUGCCAAGUGCUCCUCUCUUUCUCUCAGUCAGUGGCUGAUCUGCCCAUCGAUGAAUGUGAAGGUCCCAAACCUGUGUCUCAGAGAGCCUGUUACAGCGGUCCCUGCAGUGGGGAGGCAACGGAAUACACCCCAGAGGAGACUCAGCUUCUGUAUGGCAGCUUGCAGGAGUUUGAUGAGCUCUAUGACUGGGAAUAUGAAGGCUUUACAGAGUGCUCAGAGUCCUGCGGAGGAGGUGUCCAGGAGGCUGUGGUGACCUGUCUGAACAAGCAAACUAGGGAAAUUGCAGACGAAACACUGUGUGUUAGCAGCCGUCGCCCUCCACAGCUGCUGAAGUCCUGUAGCCUGGACCCUUGCCCCCCAAGAUGGGAGAUUGGGAAUUGGAGCACUUGCAGUCUUACCUGUGGGGUUGGUUUGCAGACACGAGAUGUCUUCUGUUCCCAUCUACUAUCAAGAGAGACCAAUGAGACUGUGAUUUUGGCAGAUGAAUUGUGCUCCAAACCCAAGCCAUCCCUCGUGCAAGCCUGUAAUCGCUUUGACUGCCCACCCUCCUGGUACCCUACAGAAUGGCAAGAGUGCUCACAGACCUGUGGUGGUGGUGUCCAGAAGCGAGAUACACUUUGUAAGCAGCGCCUGGCCGAUGGAAGCUUGCUAGAGCUGCCAGAAACCUUCUGCUCCAUGCCAAGGACAAUUACACAACAAGCCUGCAAAAAUGAGGAUUGUCCCAAUGAGUGGCUUCUCUCUGAGUGGACACAGUGUUCAGUGAGCUGUGGAGAAGGCACGCAGAGUCGAAAUGCUACUUGCAGAAAGAUGCUGAAAACCGGGGACUAUCUUAUCAUCAAUUCCUCACUCUGCCUCCCUUUGCCAUUCUCAGCCUUGAUCAGGCCCUGUUCACUAGGCCCCUGUGCACGACGCAACAGACCAGCUCAUAAGCAAAGCCCCCAUAUUAUGGCUGUAAAGCAAGUUUACAUCCAGACGAGGAAGCAGAAGAAACUGCACUUCAUUGUGGGUGGACAUGCCUACCUGCUGCCCAAAACUUCUGUUAUUCUCCGAUGCCCUACAAGGAGGUUCCGGAAAUCAAUGAUUACCUGGGAGAAGGACGACAAGAGGCUUGUCAGUUCAGCUCACAUCACCAUUGCACCCUAUGGAUACAUGAAAAUACAUCAUCUGAAACCUUCAGACACUGGGACAUACACCUGCACAGCAGGGCCAGCCCGGGAGCACUUCAUAAUUAAACUGAUUGGAAGCAACAAGAAGAUCAUUGCUGGGCAACCAGCUGGUAUUAGGGAGGAAGAAGUCAUGAGAAAGGCCGGUUUAAAUGAUGCUUUGCGAACAGAGGAUAAACAUCUCAAUGGGAUUUUCUUCAAUGGUAGCAAGGCUGAAAAGCAAGGACAUCUUGCUAACCCCAGCAGAUGGUAUGACAAUAUUGUCUCAAGGCUGCUACAGCUCAGGGGCUGGCCAGCAGAAAAUUUGGAGUCCUGGGAAGCCCAGGAGUCUGUGGAGAGAAAUGCAUCCUCUGAAGAGGACCAGAGCCGGGAGCAUAGCCUGCCAUUUACUAUGGUCACAGAACAGAAACGCUUGGAUGAUAUCAUAAGGAAUUUGUCUCAACAACCUGAGGAGCUUAAAGAUACCUACACUGAGCAUCUUGUUGUGCACCUGGCUCAUGAGGUUUUCAAAAGCUACUUGGACCACCAGGAAUCUGUCCUCAAAGCAUCAAGGCAAAAAAUGGAUUCAACCUCAGUGGAGUACCCUUACCACAGACGUGUUUCUGGAUUUACCAGCUCCUUGAGGGCAUCAUCUGCCGAAACAUUUAUUCCCACCUCUGUAGACCUAGCAAAUCGCUUGCACAGGCCUCACCAAAAGCCUGCCAUCCUCCGAAAGAUUUCAGCAGCACAACAACUUUCUGCUUCAGAGGUUGUCACCCACCUGGGACAGACUGUGGUCCUAGCAAGCGGCACACUGAGUGUGUUGCUUCACUGUGAAGCAGUGGGAAAUCCAAAGCCCACCAUCAGCUGGGCUAAGAAUGGAGAGGAAGUGAAAUACAAUGAUAGGUUGCUCCUUCAGCCUGACGACUCCUUGCAGAUUCUAGCACCUGUGGAAGCUGAUGUGGGUUUCUAUGCUUGCAAUGCAUCCAAUGCCCUGGGAUCUGACUCUGUCUCCAUUGCUGUCACCCUAGCAGGAAAGCCACUGAUAAAGGCAUCAAGAGCUACCAUGAUCAACACCGAAUCACCUGCCGUCACUGUUGAUAUUGGAAGCAUGCUGAAAACAAUCCAGAAAGCAAAUGUUAGCAUUAACUGCCAGGUUGCAGGUGUUCCUGAAGCAAAAGUUACUUGGUUUAAGAACAAGGUGAAGCUGUCCUCUGCUCACCAUCUGCAAAAUGGGUUGCUGUUAAUAGCAAAUGUUUCUCUAUCAGAUCAGGGGUUAUACUCCUGCAAGGCAUCCAAUCUUCACGGGGAAGUAACUGAAAGCUCCCAGCUGUUGGUUCUUGAGCCUCCACGACCUCUUCCUUACCUAGAAGACUUGACAGCAGUGCUUAGCAGUGCUGGGCCCAGCACCCAUUCAGUGCUGACUUCUCCUUCAGGAACAAAACUGACUGUCAGUCCAGGGAGCUCUGCUCUCAUAGGUUGUGCCGUCGAUGGACAUCCAACCCCAAACAUUACCUGGCUUUACUCUGGUGAGCCUCUCAGUCUACAACAUCAACUCCUGGCAGCAGGACAAAUCCUUCAUAUACUCAAUGUCAGUGAUUUCACUAAUGGUGAAUUCAGCUGCCUUGCCCAGAAUGAGGCUGGCUCACUCACACAAGUAAUGACCCUGGCUAUACAAGAGUACCAGUGGUCGGUGGACAAACUGACAGCUUGUUCGGCUUCCUGCGGCCACAGAGGGCUGCAGCUGCCCCAGCUGAGGUGCCUUCUGGAUGGAGUGGAAGUCAACGCAUCCUACUGUGGAGAGACACCCAAGCCAUCUCUGCAGCCCAUCGCGUGCAACAGAAGAGACUGCCCUUCCCGGUGGAUGGUAACAUCCUGGUCUCCUUGCUCACGGAGCUGUGGUGGAGGCCUGCAGACGCGGAGAGUGACAUGCCAGCGCCUGACAGCGAAAGGCAGCUCUGUCCCCAUGUCCAAUGAGGCGUGUGCCCAGGUGUCCAAGCGCCCUGUGGACACACAGAGCUGUAACAGGCAGCCCUGUGUUGAGUGGGCAGCUUCCUCCUGGGGCCAGUGUAAUGGGCCUUGCAUUGGACCACGACUGGCUGUACAGCACCGACAGAUAUUUUGCCAGACCAAAGAUGGGACUUCUGUGUCAUCUCAUCAGUGCAGUUCCUUACCAAGGCCACUGAGCACCCAGAACUGCUGGACUGAUGUCUGUGGUGUGCACUGGAGGGUCAGCCUGUGGACCGUCUGCACGGCUACGUGCGGAAACUACGGCUUCCAGUCACGGCGUGUGGACUGCGUGCACAUCCGCACCAACAAGCCCGUGAUGGAGCACCACUGCUCCUGGAGGCCACGACCAGCAAACUGGCAGCGCUGCAACAUCACACCCUGUGAAAACGUGGAGUGCAGAGACACCACAAGGUACUGUGAGAAAGUGAAGCAGCUCAAGCUCUGCCAGCUCACCCAAUUUAAGUCACGUUGCUGUGGGACUUGUGGAAAAUCUUGAAGACAGACAAGAUGAAAAUGGAGGAACAAGGGGAUCACAGCCUUUUCUUCACUGAGCAAAGGCUUUUGCAGAAAAUACAGACAGAUGGAAUAAUCUUUUUCAUUUUAUUUAUUUAUUUCCCUUUAAAAAAAAUGCCUUUGACGAAUCAUUGUUGUAAAGGGACUUGACCAGUUUUCCCUACUAUGAAUCUGGGAGACAGAAUGCAGAUAAACAUAGCCAUGAGGGUAGACCACAAAGAGUUAGAGAGACUCAUGACACCAAGAAAUGGGUAUGAGAGGAGUGGGGCUUCCCCUCAAUCUGUGUACAUGACUGCAGGACACGCCAAGAGACAGGUGAGGAAGAGGAUCAGAGUCAAAUCCUAGCAUCAUAUUACAGCAUCACAGAAUCAUCAAGGUCCAGGGAGACCUUCAGGGUUUUUUAAUCUCUAAUCUGAGCCUCCCCAGCUUAAUUUGAGGCCAUUUUUUUCUCAUCCUGUUGUUUGAAACAUGGCAGAAGAGGCUGACCCCCACCUCAUUACAACCUCCUUUCAGGCAGUUGUAGAGAGCAAUGUGGUCACCCCUGAGCGUCCUCAGAGCUAAACAACCCCAGCUGCCCCAGUUUUUCCUUAUAAGAUGUGUCUUUAAGAUCUUUCACCAGUUCCCUAACCCUUCUCUGGAUAUGCUCUAUCACCUCAAUGUCUGUCCUGCAGUGACGAGCCCAGAACUGAGCACAGGAUUUGAGGUGUGGCCUCAUCAGUGACAAGUACAGGGGGACAAUCAGUGACGUGGCCCUGCUGGCCACACUGUUGCUGGUACAGGCCAGGAUGCCAUCAGCCACCUCAGGCACCUGAGCACUGCUGGCUGAUAUUUAGUCAGCUCAUAUUUAGGUGUUGACCAGCACCCCCAGGUCUCUUUCUGCUGAACAGCUCUCAUCUCUCUUAGACUACCUUGAGAACGCGAGCACAUGAGUUUGCUUUAUAAGCUUAUUUGUUACAUCCAAGAUUGGAAGCCUUUUUAAUUUCUAAACCCCUCUCUCCUUCCUAUACCAGACAAGGGACAUCCUUGUAAUCUUUGAGGAUCUGGAGAAGUUCAACAAUGGUGUGUAACAUAAGUGGGUCUAAAAUACACUUGAAAAAGUUUCCAGUUUGAGCUUGUGAGGGAGGAUUGGGGACUGAAGGGUUGUCCUCAGCACAGAGGUGUGGAGGUGAUGUAAAUAAUUAACCAGCAAAAGGAGAACAAGUAGGGUGACACACUUAAGUACAAACCUGCAAACACUGUUCCAUAGAGAGCGUAGGCAGGAAAGAUAGAAAUUGUACGUGAUAAACAGGAGACACUUUGCAUACUGCAUCCUAUAAUAUUUAUUUAGAAAAAAGAGGUACUACUUCCCAAAGUUCUGGUACAUUCAGACCUGGGGUUUUGGAAAAGAACUUGAAGAAGUAGGGUUUUCUGUUUUGUUAAUGUGAAAUUUUUCUUUCCUGGCAGACAAGCCUUUUGUAUAACUGGUAGAAAAGAACUUUAUUCUGAAUUUUCAUAGUUAUUACUACUCAGUUGAAAUAUAAUCACUUUAGUAUCAGCACCAUUGGACUAAUGCAAAUAAUUUGUAAGAAACUUGCUCCUCUCCAGCUGCCUCCCACAACAAAACAGGUGCUAUAAAGCAGAUCUUUAACUCCAGGUAUUACACCUUGAAGGUACAGUCUAAAAAAUGAGACUGAAACAUCACACUCACAGCAUGAUUUUGCAAGCAGGCCAUGAGUCUAUCCUCCUGACCAGCUGCAGUGUAUAUUCAGCUAGUGAAGUGCUACCUGAUAUUAGUUCCUGGGCAUUCUCUGCUCUGCUCAGAAGAAAAGAAAAAAAAAAAAAAGAAAAAAAAAAAAAAUUUAGAGGAAAUCUACAAAGAAGAGGGUUUGAGAAUCGUGAAACUUUAAAGGAGAACUACCUGAUCUCAAGUUUUGCUUCAAGGCCUUCUCCAAAUGAAAGGUUUGGUUGUGCCUUUCCUAUAACUCCUGUUGGGGCUAGUGCCCUGUGGUAUAUUUAUGAAAUGUUGUUCAAGUCCUGCUAAGCUACAGCUUUCAUGGUAUGUGGAUUUUUCAGUAAAACUGGGGGUCCAUUAUUGAGGUCAGUGCCAGGUUCAUGACAUCAAUCUGUCUCAAAUUGGCUUACUUCAAAACACAUCUGGGAGUGAACACGCUUGGUAGAAAUGGGUCUUCAAGAAAUAAGCAUCAGCGUAACUUUUUAUUUAAAAAAAAAAAAGAAUAAUGACUUUCUGUGUAUGUAAAUGUAUAUCUUUUCUGUAUAUUUAUUAGGAUUUCUUGUAUAAAAAGUGCAAUAUUAAUAACUGUACAUUAUUUUGUCCAGAUAAAACUAUUUUGGGUUUUUUUUAAUCUCCCCAGAAUUUUGUUCCUCUAAAGUCAACAGUAAUAGUGUAUUUCUCUUAAUUUUAACAGCACUUGCAUUUAAUUGGGGAUCUGCUUCACUGUGCACAGAGUGCUUUAUAGAUUAUGACAUGAGAGAGGGAUGAUGUUUUUAACUUGUGAAAUGAUAAUUAUGCAUGGAAUGAAGGACAAUUCCUUAAUAACAUAAUAAUAGCAAUGAUGAUGAUGACGCUGUGAUGGAUAUUUUUGAUACAUUAGUUAACAAUGUGCAGCAUGGGGAAGUAUUUUCUUUUGUGUAAAAGCAAAAUAUGUUCAAGCUAUCACGUUCCAUUGUAUCUGUGUAACUGUGCACAGGAUAAACACAAAGGAUCUGAUCUGGUGGGGCCACUGUGUUGUCUCUGCACAGUGUGGAUUUAAUUUCACAUGUCUGUCUUCUGAAUUGUGACUUGGCAGCAUCUCAGUAAUAUAAGAAUUACUGGUUAUUUUUUAAAAGGAUGCUUUCCUUCUCUAAAGAGAAAACAAAACAGCAAACUUGUAUUUAUAUAACUUUUUGUACAAGUAAUGCAGCUUACAUAUUUAAUUACAACUGUCUGAUGUGUUGUUUUUUAAUCUUAAAAACAAAAUCCAAAUUAGCAAACCUGUCCUUAUUCUUUAUUAUGAUAGCAGCACACACCUGCUACACGAAGUACACAAGAUGUACCUGCCUUGGGGAAAGAGGAGAUGUUUUACCUCCUUUGUAAAACUCUCCAGCCAUUAAGAUUCUGUACCCUGUCUUGGAGAUAUGUUUUAAUUCUCCAUUUGCCUGGCGUUGUUCUUAUUUGCUAAAGGUUUACCCUUAUUGCUCUCGCAGAAGUAUAAAGCUGGUCCAAGGACCAUGAAGAUCAAUAAAAGUAUACUCCUUUUUUUAAGUAGCAAUGCUUCAAGACAUAACUUUCCUCAGCAAUCUAUGGCUUGAAUAAACACCUGUUAAUUCAGUCUAUCCUUAUAGGUAGCUGCCACCUUCAGUAAUGGACCUGCCAGCUACCUGAAGCAUGAAGUGUGUGUGCAGAAGGAAUUGUGGUAAUGGUUUGAAUUAUGAAAGGAAAGAAGAAAAAAGUUAAUAAACAUUUCUUCUAAACAAGGAAAAAAAUAGAGUUUUGAAAACUAAGCUGUUGCCCUUUUCAAACAAACAGUAUGUCUCUGCUAAAAUGGAACAGCAAUUUUGCUGUGAUUUUUUGACAGUUUCUCUUGUAUGAUGUUUCUGCAGAUGUUUUUUAUAUAUAUACUGCAGAGAAGUAACACCUCACACAGACAAGCAAGUCAAUGACCAGACCUAAGACUUCCAAGCAACACUACUGAAGGCAAUGGGAAUUUCAUCAUUCAUUUUCAGUUAAACAAGCGUAGAAGCUGUUUUGUGUGUAAAAUGAACAGGUUUGCAUAUGUUCUCAAAAGUAUAGUUAUUGUCUUUUAUGCUUAUGGCUUUAGUUACUGCUCAAGGCCAAAAGUGCUCACAACCUUAAAAGCAAGCUUCCAGUUUUACUCUCCUGACUAAUUUUCCUCACUAAAGAAAAACAGUUCUGGACCAAAAGAAAGAUACAGAAAGGUUCCCCACAGAAGAUCUACUCCCAGCCCUUCUUAUUGACAAGGAAAGCACAACUGAACAAUUCCAGGCAUCCGUGUCUCAAUAAAUAGAAGCCAUAGCCAGAGUUUUCCAAAGUAAUGUCUAGCUUUUCCUGCUCUCUAGAUGUAGUUAUAUGGACUGCAGUUGGAGCUUGUUUAGUUUUUAAGUUAGGAUUCUUCUUGCAAACUACCUAUCAAACAAAAAGGCCUUACCAUUUGUUUGGUGCACCAACAUUGAUUCAUAAAUAAAUUUGAUUCUUCUAGAUCAGCGUCACUGACACCUCUGUUUGUAGAAGACGGUCAAUCAAAAGCUUACUCUUUUCCAAAUUUUCAGAACCAUAAAUUUCCCCAGAAGUUUUUAAUGCUUUCAGCAAGUGUCUGAUCAUUUGAGCUAGUAGUUGAGUAGAUAAGUUUCAUUCAUUCAGUUACAUAAGUUUUAACAGAGAUGCUUUCAAAGUCUUU